GUUCGCCGCCGCAGCUGCGGUCGCCACCAACGCCGCUGAGCGCGAACCAGAGCUGCUGCGGUCAAGCCUUCCGCGCCCGUGACUCAGGACCUUGGAGACCGAGUGUAGGGAGGGGCCGAGGAGGACGAGGAGGAGAAGGAAGAAGCCGGAGCUGCCAUGAGGGAGGCGCUAAGGGCGAGCCCGGAGGCGGUGCUGCGGUGAAGGAUGCUGACCGGGAGGCCCGGAGUCCGGAGCGCAGUCCCGAGACUGGGCACUGAAUCCUCGGACACCCGCGACAGAGCCCCCCUCAACCCUCGGUUGAGCGGCGGGCAUCACCGAGCUGGCGCUUACCUAAAUAUGAAAAUCCAGCUAGAGAAAAAUUUUGAAGAAGAGCGCCAAAUAUUACUACAGCAACAAAAAAUAUGUCGAAAUCGAGCACGUAAAUAUUUUGUGGAGUCAAACCGGAGAAAAAAAGCUUUUGAAGAGAAAUUAAAAGAACAAGAAGAAAAAGAACACCAAAUUAGAGAACAAAUACUUCAACAAAGAAAGCAGAAGUUUGAAGAAGUUACUGAAAAAUUCCAGCGUGCCCAUAUUCCUCUUUCACAGCAGAGGAGAGCAGUUUUUCAAAAACCUGUGCCUCCGUUAGAAGAGGCCCUCAAACAAAUUCAAGAAUCCAACUUAAAAUCAAAAGUAAACUUUUCCUCUUCCCACAGACCAGCAAUAAACUGGAGAGCUAUAGAUAAUGCCUUGCCUUCAUUGCUAUCAAAAAAUGACCAGAAGCAUCAGAAACAUAUUUUAUCCAAAAUCAAUUGUGAUAAAGAAAUAAAGGAAAAUAGCAAGACAAACUUGGCUACUAACAAAGAUGCAUUCCAGCUUAAAUUAGUGGAAACUCAGAAACUCCUAGAAGAUCAGCAUCUACGUAGUUUGCAAAAAUUUUGUAAUGAAGUUAAUCAGAUAACAAAUUCUGAAACCCUCUCAAGUAUAGACAGUCUUGAGGCUGGAGAACAUGAAGAAAUCUAUUUAACACUUACUAACAAGGAGCCUUCAACAUCAAUUCAGCAGAAUUCUAUUUUGCCCAAAUCCAUAAAUCUACAAUCAACUAAUCUAAGCUGCUUAGAUGAAGAUAACCUUUUAUUCUCUAAAACUCAACAUAUAAAUAAUUGGCUAGUAAAUUUAGAUGAUCCAAAUACUCAACCUGUCACACCUUUCUCAGAUAUUUUAAGUAAACCUAAUAGUCUACCUUCACGUGAAUGUUCUAAUAGUAAAGAACAAAAUCCAUCUGCUCUAUGUAGAACUGCGGAAAGAGCCACAAAUACUACUAAUAACUUAGUAGCCUUUGUAUGUAGUCCACCCAUAUCUGUACAUGAUAAAAACAGCAAAAAGGCCUCUGAAACUAGCACUGUGAGGACAGUUGACUCCUCUUCUGGGGCAUUCAAAAAAGAGAGACCAUUAGUUACUGAGAGCCCAACAUUAAAAUUCAGCAAAGCCUGUAACACUCCAGAUUCUCUAACCCAAGAAAUGGCUACAACUUCAGACCAAAUUAAAUAUUCUGAAUUAACUCAAGAAAAUAAAACUACUUCAAAUCCUACUUCAUUUUUACCUGUGGCAACAUCUUUAAUUUUGUCAUCUAAUAUACAAUCAGCUGAACCUUUACCAAAGAACAGUAUACAUAUAAAAGAAACCAACCCAGUGCAGUGUUCUGAUAAGUUAGGGGAAUUGAAAGAUGUUAAGGAUGAAAAGAUAAAAUAUUUUAAUUCCAAUAACGAAGACUUACCUUUAUUUACAGACACUUUUCCAGCUGCCUAUGUACCUCACAACUCUGAUUCAAAAGAUAAAAAACAGAAGAUUACUGAAAUAUCAUCAUCUAAUAUAAGUUCUAAUUAUGACUUAGUUGGUCAGCACAAGAAAAUGAAAUAUAAUAUUCAUGAGAGCAGUGUUAGGUUUCUUAAAAGCAUUUUAAAGAAAGAAUCUAAAUACUACAAACAUGAUUAUUAUAAGACACCAGUUAUAAAUCAAGGUUUUAAGUUAGGAAAUCAAAAAGCAGGAGCUAUCAGAGAUAGUAUUGAAUUAACAAAAGAAAAAGGGAAAAGUGUAGAAAUUCCAAAGACUAUUAAAAAACUAAGGUGGUUUGAUGAAACUGAAGAUAAUCAUUCACUGGAGAAUGGACCAGAAAUAUAUCAACAGUGGUCUCAACCAUUCCACAUUCAAACUAAUAGUGGUGUUGCCAGCAACAUAAUUAGGGUCCCUGCUUGUGCUGUAAAUUCUGCUAAUAGAACAAAGCCCAAGGAUGAUUCUAUCUCUGAAAAUGUUAAUUUAGGAGGAUUUGGAACAAACCAUGUGUCUUUGAACUGUUUUAUACCUUCAGAUUUUAACAAUGCUAAACAAGCCUGGCCAGCCUCAAAAAGAGAAGAAAGUAAAGCUCCUGUACAUCAUGGUGAUUCUGAAACUCAGAAAGCUAAUCUACAAAGAGGUAGAGCAAAGGGUAUUAGCACAAAAUCUGCUCAAGUCCAAUCAGGGUUUCUGUAUCCAAACAGAAAAGGCACUGUCAUUCGAGCACAGUCUGCAGGCAAAGCCAACACAUUGUCACAAGCUCAGGGUAAAUUAAUUGUACCUCAUCCUCCUAAACCUCCACCAGAUAUUAGUAGUGAUAAAAAUAUACAGGUGUCUCAGUGUCAAUCAGAAAUGCCUAAAAAUUCUCAAAACGUUAUUACAAACAACUAUAUUAGUUCAAAACAUGUGCUUCUAACAGAACACAAGUUGAAUCAGUGGAAUAAAGAAAGGAGUCUUCCAUUCUCACAUGUUUGUUCUGACUCAGUCACUGUGAUGCCAUCUCUAUCAUAUUGUUCUUCUGAGUGCCAAACUUUAGCAAAAAUAAAUCAUUCAAACGGCACUCAAAUCAUUGCCCAGCAGGAUGGGACAUUAUAUUGCACCCAAAGAUGUCCUGUUUAUGAAGAAAAUCAUCACUCUGCGGCUUUUAGAUCUACUAAAGAAAAAUAUGUUCCCUCGUGGAAAAGACAGCAUAAUAUUCUGGGUCAAAAUGAAAAGGCUGCUGAUUCUACUGUUAUGAGAAGAAAACGAAUUGUUGAAAAUAAACAGAGAAAUCUUUUAGAGCAAAAAAUACAAAACCCUGGAACUGUAGGACACAAGUACAGUGAACAAACGAAUAAUUUUGGACAAAGUAUCCAGCAAAAUUCAAGUGAGCCAAAACAAACUAAAAGGUGUACUUUAGAAGAAGUUUCAGACAGUACUUCUGAGUUUCUGAUUGCUGAAAACCUAGUAAAAUCUUCAGCGCCUGAGAAUGAAAUUCUAACUAUCAUGAGUAGCAAGCAGCUACAGAAACCAAAUCUGGCUUUAAAUAAUACCCAGCAACUGGACAUUUGUGCAAUAUCAACUGAAGAACAGAAGAUCCUGCAGUCCCUUAAUCGUCUCAAUGAAAGGUUAUACAAUGUACAAGAAACCAUUUGCAAAAAUCCAUCCAUCAAAAAUACCUUGCAAAUAACACCAUUUCUGAACAUACAGCCAAGAACCAGUCUGUCUCCUGACGUUGGAUCCAGAUUGCAGAGAAAAUACUGAUGAAAUAAACAGUAACUAUAAAUGGAAUCAUUAUUUUUGAGAA